AUGACCAGCUCGCUCAAGGUGGUCACAUGGAACUCAGGCGGACUUCAUUCACAGAUUCUUCGUGAAUUAGAAACCUGGGCACAGGACACGGCGCAGGAAAUCGUCCUGAUACAGGAGACUAAGUGGGACUUCGAUGGGAACUGGAGUUCUCCCUCAUUCCACUUCGUGCAUUCUGCAGGACAGACCCGAGAGGAUCGAGUGGGUGGGGUGCUUACCAUGGUCUCCACCAAGGUGGCCCAACGCUCAGAGAUUCAGUUCCAUCCAGUAUUUCCAGGACGGCUUCUUCAUGUUCGAUUAAACCUUCCACAGCCAAUUGACAUCAUAAAUGCCUACCAAUAUGCAGCUAAUGACAACAAGCUGACCCCGGAGCGGAGGCUCGAUGUGGGCAAGAUCAUCUCGGAUGGGCGGACGCCGGAACCUCCGUCGACACUUGCUCAUUUACGGGAAGUCAUAAAGACGGGCAUUGCACACCACAAGUGGCAUGACAUUACACAGCUUGAGGUCCUUUCCAAUUGUGCACGUGAAAUGUGGGCACUCUUUCGGGCCAUGAGGUCACAUCCGUACACUGCUAGGGGUAUUGUGCAGGCGUGGCGGCAAUGGAAGGAGUUCAGCAAAGCACACCGCGAGCACAAAGCUCGGUCCAAGGCUAGAAGCAAACAACGUAAGCAAGACUUGCUUGCACAGGCCAGGACGGCAGCUGCAAGGGGUGACAUGCACAAGGUGUGGCAGGCGGUCAAAACACUGGCGCCGAAAACUCGGCCGAAGCCACUCCAACUUUACAGGAGUGGUCACAUCAUGACGCCGGAGUCCGAGUUGGCCUGGAUUGCCGAGGCAUUCGGAGAGCGAUAUGGUGACAGGGAACCGCCUACUCAAGCACACAUCCGGCGACAUGCUCCCUUUCAGGUCUCCGCUGAGGACGUGAGGUCUGAGCUUGAACAUCUACCAGUCCGAAAGGCAGUACCCCCGGAAGCUGCACCAUCGGCAUUGUGGAAAGCUUGUGCUGCGGAAGUAGCAGAAUUCAUAGCUGAACAGGUCAACGAGCAAUGGGCUCAAUCCGAGCUCAAAGUUCCACAAUCCUGGGCCGACGCCACAGUUGCACUGAUUCCUAAACCUACUGGGAAGAACGAGAGCCCCCUCGAUUGGAGGCCAAUCGGCCUCCAGCACCCCAUCGGAAAGAGCAUUAUGCGGAUUGUCAUCGACCAGGCCAGACACCAAAUAUACCAGCUUGUUCACGAAUGGCCGCAGUGCGCGUAUGUUCCCAACAGGAGCACUUUUACAGCGCUCAAAAGAGUAUAUCAGCACUGUGAUGAGAUCCGCAGCAAGUGCGCCCAGCAACGUACCACCCUGCAUCAGAAGAAGGAGGGAGUCGAGCGCACUACUAAUUAUGGGGGGCUACAAAUAAGCAUGGACUUGUCAGCUGCGUUUGACUUGGUGCCAUGGACGGCGAUCAAAGAGGCCAUGGAGCUAGCCUGUAUAGAACCCUUUGUACAGGAACUCCUGCUUCAAUGGUUGGGACAGGUACGGUACAAAUUUCGGCACAAGGGCAUGGAGAAGGAGGUUUGGCCCUCGUGGGGACUUCGACAAGGCUGUAUCGGAAGCCGAUACUUUGGGCAGCUUUUACUGCCCUACUCAGUCGUGCCAUAG